AUGAGAAGUUGCCUCUCGUUGGUUAUCUUCGCCUUGCUCACAAGUGCGUUGGCUCAAGUCAAUACUUUGAAUCCUCUAGAUUCUUUGUCACCAUGCGCUGUACGUUACACUAACGUGUAUCUAUACUUUGACCACGAUACUGAUGCCUUUCAUUUUUGGCGAAGCAGCUAAAUUGCACAGAAAUCAAAAUUCUGGCCUCUGAUUGCCAGAUUUCAAACUUGACAUGCCUGUGUGAGAAUGCUCCGCUACAAGCUGAAAUAGCACGAUGUGCUUUAAUAAGUUGCUCUAUACUUGAAGCACUUCGUGAGUUUUCCAUUCCAAGUAAAAAGAUCUCUGAACUAAUUCUAACUCACGUAUAGAACUCAAGAACUCAUCCACUGUGCUUUGCAAUAUCCCAAUACGUAGCAGAACAUAUGAGUUCAAGGUUGUAGUUAUCACUCUGGGAACUGCAUCUGGGGUCGUCGUAUUCCUCCGCAUCUUGUCUAAAUAUCUUGCGCAACAGCCUCUCUGGUAUGAUGACUUCGCCAUCUUAUUCACACUUUUUGCGGGGAUCCCAAGCUCUGUUUUGGGCAGUCACUCUCUACCAAAAAACGGAGUCGGAAAGGAUAUCUGGACAGUUCCUGCCCAUCAGAUCACUGAAUUUAUACGUAUAUUCUACAUCAUGGAAAUCAUGUACUUUUCCCAUAUUGCAACCAUGAAGCUGCCCGUCUUAUUCUUUUACUGGAAAAUAUUUCCUCAUGGUCGAAUAAAGUACCUCAUUUGGGCCACCAUACUGUUUGUCUUUGUCUAUGGAACCACUUUUAUAUUUCUCGGUAUCUUUCAGUGUUCACCAAUCAGUUUUUUCUGGACAAAUUGGGAUGGAGAGCAUGAGGGGAAAUGUUUCAAUAGCAACGCGAUGACCAGGGCUAAUGCCGGUAUUGGUAUUGCACUCGAAAUUUGGAUGCUUGCCCUCCCAAUGCAACAGGUUUUUAAAUUGAAUUUACACUGGAAGAAAAAGAUCGGAGUCGCUAUGAUGUUUAGUGUUGGUUUAUUGUAAGUCUACCUGGCUCUUAUCUAAAACCCUCAACUAAGUAAGAAUUAGCGUAACUAUUGUGUCGUGCCUUCGCCUCAAAUCCCUAGUCAAAUUCACUUAUUCCGACAAUCCGACUUGGGACAACUUCGAUGUUGGCUUGUGGUCAACUAUUGAGAUAAAUGUUGGUAUAUUUUGUGCAUGCAUGCCUUCCCUGCGGCUUCUCGUUCGUACAUUCCCAAGGAUUUCAGGGUCGUCGGGAUCACAGAGCAAAAGAAAAUCGAAUCGUUAUACUGGGGAUGGUAUCAGACCCAAAACCCCCCCUACUAGAAAAGUGGCUGUUGAAGGAGAUCUAGAGAGCACAAUUAUUGGCAGUUCAGAUUAUGGGAUUGAAUUGGAAAGAAGCACGAGGACGCUUUCCAAACUCGAUGACGAGCCUAUAGACCGACUCAGAUAG